AUGAGCAUCUUUUGGUUUAUAACUACACUGCUACUGCUGCACUCCUGCACCCCAGGUGACGGUAUUGUAGGUGGUAAGGUGUCCAUUCCACACAGCCGCCCAUACAUGGUCUACAUUCGUGACCAAAACACACCUUUAGAAUGUGGUGGAUUUUUGAUUAGAGAAGAUUUUGUGAUGACGGCUGCCAAAUGCAAAAGAAAUCAUCCCAUGGUGUAUUUGGGUGUUAAUGACACAAAUAAUUUAACGGCUGGUAUAGAGGUCGAUGUCUUUCCUCAUCCAAAUGUUGAUUUCAAGAAUUUGAAUAAUGACAUCAUGCUACUAAAGCUGAAAACUCCAGUAACUCUGAGCGAGACUGUGAAUAUCAUUGACCUACCAGAAACUAAGAGAAAGAAAAUCUCAAGGAACUGCAUGGCCAUGGGUUGGGGAUGGCAGGAACACAAUGAGAAGACUCCAUCAAGCGUCCUGAGAGAAGUAAACUUGACUCUUUUAGACUCUGAAAAUUGUGCCACACCUCACACUUUAUGCACUAAGGAAGAAGCCGGGCCAGCAUGGGGAGACUCUGGCGGUCCACUUAUUUGUGGAAAUGAAGCAGUGGGCAUUGUGUCUUACUACAUAACGAAUGAGUUUACAAGCUACCUUACAAUGUAUACUAAAAUCUCUCACUACUUUUCAUGGAUUCAUAAAAUAAUGAAUGCACACAAACUAUGGAAGCUCAGAUAUCCCCUAGGUCUGAGGCCGGUAACAAUUGGGGGCUCGUCGAGGGAUUUGCACAUCUCGUCUGGAACGGUUGUCAUAGGAACGUUGGAAUUCUGUGCCCAGUGUUUCAGGGAAGACUACUUCGCAAAGUGUCAUCCAGAGAACAGCUGCCACAGGUGA